UUUUUUUCUGGUACUUGUGAAUGAGGACAACUCAUUUUCCCAUCAUCCCUUGCGAGUCUUACGUCGUCGUGCGUCAACUCUCCCCAGUCCCCCCACCAUCAUCGCUGUACAGAGGAAGAAAGGGGGAGACGGGCAGCCUGUACAGAACGCUUUCACACAAAUAUGAGCGGCAGCGGGCGGGCCAGGACCAGCUCAUUCGCUGAGCCUCCCGGAGCUCCCGGAUCCGCUGCAGCCGGUGCCGGAUCAGCAGUAGCCGGCGGAAGCUCGACAGGAAAAGCUGGGGCUCCACAAGCCACUGGAAGCAGCUCGACGAGCUUCGGGAAUUUGAAACUGCCCAGAGACAGUGGCAAAGUGACGACGGUCGUAGCCACACCAGGCCAGGGUCCCGAUCGCCCACAGGAAGUGUCUUACACAGACAUAAAGGUUAUAGGAAAUGGCUCCUUUGGAGUGGUCUACCAGGCUCGCCUCAUUGACAGCCAGGAGAUGGUGGCAAUUAAGAAAGUUCUCCAAGACAAGAGGUUUAAGAAUAGGGAGCUGCAAAUUAUGAGGAAAUUGGACCACUGCAAUAUUGUGAGGCUACGUUACUUCUUCUACUCAAGUGGAGAGAAGAAAGAUGAAGUGUAUUUGAAUCUGGUGCUGGACUACGUGCCCGAGACAGUGUACAGGGUGGCUCGGCACUUCAACAAGGCCAAGACUACCAUCCCCAUCAUCUAUGUUAAGGUGUACAUGUACCAGCUGUUCCGCAGUCUGGCUUAUAUCCAUUCCCAGGGCGUGUGUCACAGAGACAUCAAACCCCAGAACCUCCUGGUGGACCCAGAGACGGCCAUCCUCAAACUCUGUGACUUUGGCAGUGCUAAGCAGCUUGUUCGCGGGGAGCCGAAUGUGUCCUAUAUCUGCUCACGGUACUAUCGUGCCCCAGAGCUCAUCUUUGGUGCCACUGACUACACGUCCAACAUUGACAUCUGGUCGGCGGGCUGUGUGCUGGCUGAGCUUCUGCUGGGCCAGCCCAUCUUCCCCGGGGAUAGUGGUGUGGACCAGCUGGUAGAGAUCAUCAAGGUUCUGGGGACACCAACGAGGGAGCAGAUCCGGGAAAUGAACCCGAAUUACACAGAGUUCAAAUUCCCACAGAUCAAAGCACACCCUUGGACAAAGGUGUUUAAGCCUCGUACUCCACCAGAGGCCAUUGCCCUCUGUUCUCGACUGCUGGAAUACACGCCUGUGACUAGACUCUCUCCCCUGGAGGCAUGUGCACACGCCUUUUUCGAUGAGCUGCGCCAGCCCAACACCCGCCUGCCCAGCGGACGAGAACUGCCGCUCCUCUUCAACUUCAGUCCCGUUGAGCUGUCUAUCCAGCCCCAGUUGAAUGCCACACUCAUUCCUCCUCACGCUCGUGCACAGACAUCGCCUGCCUCACAUGAGGGCAGUGUGUCAGACAGUUCCGCCCAGCCCAGCUCAGCACCUGGAUCCAUCAACAACAGCACCUGAGCAUCCAUCCCUCUGUCAUCCGUUUCUUUUUUUGUCUUCCCCUUUUCCUUUUCUCUUCUCUGCUCUUCUCCCUCUCAACCUUUGUCCUGGCUCCAAACCCUUAAGACAAAAUACAUACAUACAUACACACACACACGUAUACACACACACACACACACACACCCCUACACCUAUCAUUGUUAUUUACCCUAAAUAUGAACUAUUUCCAAUAGAAAGCAAUUUCCGUGGCUGCUAGCUUCAGGAAGAUGUGGGUUGUGUAAGGGACACUUAGGAAGCCUCGUGUGGGCUCAACAUAAGCUGCAGUUCUAGUCCAGGUUGGCCCCUGUCUGGCCCAUUAGAAUAAACAAACAUUACAAUGGUUGGGUUGGAUGUUUGGAUGAGGUUGGCGGGUUGUACAUGUGUGGAUUUUCUGUAUUAUAAUUGACGGUUGACUUUUAUCCCUAUUUCGUUCUUUUUAUUUUUUAUUCGCUAAUUUUAUGUGUGGCCGUGGUGCCAAUAAAUGGGGUCUUGAUUGGCUUGUGGAGUAGAGAGGGAGGGCCACGUGAGGCCUGACUAAUAUUGACAAUCAUCUUAGUGGGGUCAAGAAUGGCAGACUUGUACUGGACAUAGUGUUUGAUUGUACGACCCACCGUGUAGACUAGUUGCUCUACUGUCAUUUUCUACACUCAAUUCUACUCUGUCAGUUCACUCAGCCCAGUGGUGACCUGAUGUGAACAUUUAUUUUUUAAAUCUCCCAGUUUGAUACCGGAUAGUAACGUUAUCAGCGGAUUUUUGUCCAUGUCAUUUUAGAGGUGGUUUUAAAUUUUAUUGCGAAGCAGGGCACCACAGCCCAUCUUACCGUUUCUUUUUGAAUAUUAGCUCCUCAACUGCCUUUUUAUGUGAAUGAGAGGGAGCUCUGUACGCGCGGAGUGCACAUCUUCAGUUUCUUCAGUAUAAGCUCAUGUUGUCAUAGGUUAAGCUGGAAACCAAGUGUUUCAAGUGAGUAUUGCACAUCUCCAAAGGGAGUAGAGGGGAAGCAAGGGGGUGAGUUUUUUGUACUGUCCUGCAGUGAACAUAACCUCACACAGAGGGAGCCGUGGGGGGUGGGGCUCCGUUUCCAUCUAAUGAAGAAGCCUCAAUGUUUCACAUGUCAUAAACAGUUGCCUAGCACUGUAGGGUGAAUCAUCACCUCAUUACUUUUGUCACUUUUGAGGUGUUAACUUUCAUAUUGGCAUGGUUAUGUUGAAAGCGUAGAAUCAGGUGUAGAGGGUAAAGGGAGACUUCUGGCUGCUUUCACUGCACACCCGGCUUGUCAUUGUUAUUUCAGCUAGUAAAAUUACUGUUUGUGCAGGAGGAGGAUUUUGUUGUUUUGCUGUGUUGGAGAGAUUUGUUGAAACCCUCUUUGUCCUUUUCCCAAACAGCCUGCCUGCGACUCUCAUAUCAUUUUUUCUUCUUGUCCAGUUAUGGUGAGAGGAACUGAUCUAAAAGGUUUCACGCAGCCUAACGGUCCGUUGUCGGCAUGGACUAUAUUCUUUCUUCUGCCACGUAAAUGUGCAUGUUCAGCCCAUGUUGACCACAGUAUAUUACUUCCACUAAUAUCAGUAAUAAUCUGACCAGAAAUUAUGCUCAAACCCUGGAAACCAAACAGCAUUUGGAGCCUCCCCCCGAUUCCUUUUCCCCCCUCAUCCCUCUGCCUUCUGAUUCCCUCUUUCCUCCUACUUUUUCACUGCUAAACUGUAAAUAUCAAGUACCUUUUAUUUUAUUUUGUUAUUUUUGUUAUUAUUGUUAUUAUAUUGUUGUUCUUGUAAUUUUUUUUCUCUAGUAGACCGGCGCAGCAGCGGCCGGACUGUUUAUCCUCAGUCGCAGUCUGUAAAUACAAUUUAAUUUCAGCCCCUGGUUCACGAGGGGAAAAACAGAACAAAAUGUUUCCAUUGAAUUCUCUCUCCCUCCAUUUCUCUCUUCACAUCUUUUCCCUUUUUUUCCUCAUAAAUGUCGUCAUAAGUAUUUUAUUUAUUGUAUUGUGUUUUUUUGGGCUGGGUGGGAGUGGGGGAAUCUUUUCUUUUCCACUGGGGUGGUAAAAGUUGAUUUGGGGUUUUUUUUGUUUCCAAUUUUUAGUCCAGCAAUGUCACAUGCAAAACAAUUUGACAUCCAAGAUACUGUAAACAGAUGUUGGAGUGUGGCGUUCAAUCAUUGUGUGUAAAGCUGCACAUGCUCGCCAACAGGUUGGAACUUGGAAGUUUUCCAUUUAACUACAGUGUUAAGCGAAUGUUACAAACCUCUGAAUCUGAGGUGGUUUAUGGUGUAGGGAGGGUUUGCGUGCGUGCGUGUGCGUGUGUGGAGGAGAAGAGAAAAAUGAAUCUAUCCAUUGACGUACAUCAUCUCCUGUGUCUGACUUUCCUGCCCCCCCUGUGUCACAUGAGUGUGACGGGUUUGUUUGACCUGUUGACCCUACGUAUGUUCCACAGAUACCUGGUGAGCAUGCACGUAUGUGUGAAAUCAUGAAUAUUAUUCCCUGUAUUUUUCCUAAAUGAAGAGCUGACAAUGUGCUAUUUUCAUGAUGGUAUGUUUAUGUUUCCAUUGUCUGACCUGUCACAGUUAGUUUUUAAUUUGCUGUGACUCUGCUCUUUUAUCAUCCUUGUCUGAGGGAAAAUGUCAUUGGUGGGAACAGAAUUGUUGGAUAAAGGAGAUGAUGAACAGCGAGGGAUUGAGGGAGAGAGACCGUUUUUGUUUGUUGGUAUAAAUAAUUAAACUCAUUAAUAAAGUGAUGAAACUGU